AUACUAGUUCCAAACUUCCGAUCCAGUUGGAGAUGUCUUCUGCGUCAAGGAGCUCAUCCCGCGGCGGCGCCAACCCGGAGUGGAGCAAGAAGGAGAACAAGCUGUUCGAGGAGGCACUCGCCUACUACGGCGAGGGCACGCCCGACCGCUGGCUCAAGGUGUCCUGCGCCAUGGGCGGGACCAAGACGGCCGACGAGGUGCGCCGCCACUACGAGAUCCUCGACGGGGACAUCAAGCUGAUCGAGUCCGGCAGGGUCCCUUUCCCCAACUACAACACCCAGGGGGCUUGGAACUGA